AUGAGCUCGCCAUCAUUGCCACGUACACCUUUUACUGUCCAGGCUCUUAUGCUUUUCGCGGUUGCUCAGCAUCACCAAGAUCUCCGACCCGAAUCGCGAAAAACUUUAGAUCUGGCCAUCUUAAUCGCGCUGGAGUUGGAUAUGAACAGACGAGACUUUGCUCGAGUCUAUGGCGAGGGUGACCCAGUGCUGGAAGAGUCGUGGAGAAGGACAUGGUACAUUCUAAGCAUUGUUGACCAGCACUUUGCCAUUGUGAUGAACUCGCCUAUCUAUCAGCUAGCCAAUAUGCCCAACGAUGUUGAGCUACCCUGCGACGACGAGUUCUUCGAAGCUGGGCGCAUACCGGCACCCGCGACAACAUGGGAAGAGUUUGAACAUCGGGAAUUUGCAGAUCUCGAGGUUGUUUACUCGUCAAUUGCCUAUCUAUUCGAUAUGGGCAGGACUAUCACACAUAUAAUGAACGCAUUCGCCCGCACCGGGCAGCUCAGCAGCGAGCUGGUCGAAAGCUGCGAUGCUAAGAUUGCCAUCUGGCAGUCGCUACUUCCGUCUGUGAAAAAAGACCCAAUGCGCAAAAAUGGACAAGUUGACGAAGUCAUGUUCAUGGCCCACAUGAUUGCAGCGAUCGUACUAAUGACAAUGCAUCGGCCAUUGUCAUCGCUGUCAUACAGUACAGCUGAGCUUUCAGCAACCGCUUUUCAUGUCUCAGCACCAUAUCUUAUACCCCCGGUGUCUGGGAGGAGCACACACACGGCGCGUGCCCUCAAAGCAGUGGAACUGCAGACGAAACUCCUUGCCAUCCCAUGUACCAUUGAGAAACAUAACGUCUUCAGCAUGUGCAUAUGCGCGCAGAUCGGCACAGCUCAGAUCUCCGCGUGCAACCACCUUCUCGAAGAUCAUGCGUUGCUCAUUGCCCGCGACCGGGUCAAAUUGAGCAUCGGCUUCCUCAACGCCAUGGGAUCGAUCUGGUCUUUGGGCAAAGCCAUGGCCAAGGAUGUGCGUGCUGUCGCCCGAUCGACUCUGUCAGCCGCGCCGAGCACAUUGGCUGUGCAGACUGACGCAGCAGUUGAGAUUGAGCUGCCUCGAGAUGAAUUGAUAUGGCCCAUCGAUCCUUCAGCUGCAAUCGACAUCUAUAGCGGGAUUGUCUUGCCCAUGGAUUGGCAGACUGUGAGCUCUGGCACGGGCGGCUAUGCGUCAUCGACUUCAUCUGACCUGCCCGAGUUGAUCUAUGGUAAAGAAUUUCAAAUGCUGUGA